AUGUUCAUUAUUGGGGCAUUGGGAUGUGGUUCCUGGUUAGGUGGAUGUUUAUCCUGCGUCACCCUUGCUGUCAACAGAUGUUGUGAUCUAAACCCGAACUUCAAGCUACGGUGGAUUUUUCAAGAGAGGCGAAUAUAUUGGAUCAUUUUACUUAUAAUAAGCUACGCAAUUUAUGGUUUUCUAUUCACCAACCCUCCAUUAUUUCAAUGUGAUUAUUUCUCGUGGUUCUUCAAUCCAAGAAUCAACAACAAUCCACACUUAUACAUCAAUGUGUUACAUACCGCAAAUAACUGUUUGGUUUCAAUUUUUAUCACAAGUUUCUAUUGUUAUCUUUGCCUAUUGCUGAAUCAGAAAUCCCGAUUUUCUCUAUCCAGCGGAAUCAACAAAACCCAGCGACAAAUAUUUCUGCAAUCCACUAUAAUAUGUUCCCUAAACGCGAUCGCUGCGUAUAUUCACGUUUACAUGCAAUAUUUCCACACUCCUCCAAUCGCAAUUCUUAUCGGACAUAUUACCUGA